AUGCCUCGAUGGAGAUUCGGGCAGCAUUUCGUGCAACUCGGCCCGAAGCUCGUCAAUGCCGCCGCCACCUUAGGCCGCCUCCUACCCAACGUGGGAGGACCGGAAUCACUAUGCCGGCGCCUCUAUGCCGGUGUAGUGAGGUCGAUGGCACUGUACGGUGUCCCGAUAUGGGUGGACGCACUCACAACACAAAACCGGGCCCUCCUGCGGAAGCCGCAGAAGGUCAUAGCGGUGAGGGCGAUCAGGGGAUAUCGUACGGUGUUCUGGAUAGCGGCGACCCUCCUCGCGGGCGACCCGCCCUGGGAACUCUAG